AUGUGCGUUAGCACUGGUACGCCUACUGAAGAAAUAGAUGAAUGUUGGUCAAUGAUUCAUGCUGAAGCACCAGUUAAUGAAAACCUAAUGAAACGUAUGGACUAUUUUGUGGAUACAUAUUUAAAUAAUGAUGCUUGCAUGUUCGACCGGAAAAUAUGGAAUCAUUUCAACACUGAUAAGACACUGACAACUAACCACCUUGAAGGUUGGCAUGCAGCUUUAAACCGAUCUAUUAAUCGACCAAAGCCAAAUAUAUUUUUGUUGAUAAAUGAGAUAAAAAAUCAACAACAAAAUUUUGAACUCGACAUUGCAGCCCAGUAA